GUUUAUGUGCCUUUGUAAUUUGGGGUCUUUCUUGUGGUUGUUUUGUGUAUUGAUCAAGUUAUUUGAAUUUAAGACAAGAAAUAUUAAUAGUCGCUUCAAGCAGAGGCUCGGGCUCAGGGGCUUCCUAAGGACUUGGGCCACAGGCCUUGUGUCCAGUAGGUCCUUUUAGUAAUCCGUCUGGCAUACUGUUAUGCAAUGUCCCCAAUAAAACACCGCAGUGGCUUUAUUUUGAAAUUUCUGUGGGGAAACGCUGGAGAGCUCGGCUAGCUCGACAGCUAGGCUGUACACAGAGUCUCCUUGCUGCCCCUGUUAAAGGGUCCACACAGGACUUUCUCCGCCAUCACUUCCUUCUUGUGAGCAAUGUGUUGUCAGGCAGGGGCUGCGAGGUGCCCAGCUCUUCAUGCCUUCACGCCGCUAAGGAGCCAUGGCGGAGCGAACACUGAGGAGGCACCGGGGCUUAGCGGGUCCCCAGAGGAAGGAUCCGCAUUACCUGCAGUACGACCACAAGUAAUACUGUCGGAGUACAAUGGUGGCGGCGUGUAAAGUUUUACACACAUCUUUAGCUCUUGUCACGAAUGACCGGUUCAACUUUUCACUAACUGGCUUUGUGCUGAUCUCGAUGGGGUCAUAGCCACGCAGAGUUUGUUCUGCGUUUUUUCCCAGGACGUCUGUCCUGUAAAGCCAUCUGCCCGGCGUAAAUCUGGCGCACUGUCUAGCAGCGGCUCAAAAGAGCGCCGAUUUAAUAUUUCAAAGGCGAAAUUAGCGAAGGUUAACAUGGGGACAAAGCAGAGCAGCCCGACUGCUAAUCCCGCCGCCAACGGACGGACUAGAGCCUACUCCGGUUCGGAUUUGCCCUCCAGCACGACCAGCAGUAACGGCAGUAGCGUUAACAGAACUACCGCACGGGCUGUCAGGUACCAUGCAUACAGUGCGUCCGGAACCCCCGGAGCCUCCGGAGCCAUGUCCAGCACCAGCCAGCACCUCGGAGCCAGGGCCAGGUCAGUGGGGGGCUCCGGAGGCUCUGGGACCCGACCCCAGUCCGGUAUCAACAUUCCGAACACCAGUGGAACCUACAGCUCCCCGGAGUCCGGCGGCAGCAGUCCGGAGGAGGCGGCGGACCGGGAGCGCUCAGGCAGAGGGCACGAAGGUCCGCGGCUGUUGAUAGGAUCGUUACCAGCACACCUCUCGCCUCAUCUGUUUGGAGGCUUCAAGUGCCCUGUGUGCUCCAAGUUUGUGUCCUCAGAUGAGAUGGACCUUCACCUGGUCUUGUGUUUAACCAAACCCAGAGUGACAUACAACGAGGAUGUCCUCAGUAAGGAUGCAGGAGAAUGUGCAAUCUGCCUGGAGGAACUGGUGCAGGGAGACACCAUCGCUCGCCUGCCCUGCCUCUGCAUCUACCAUAAAGGCUGUAUCGAUGAGUGGUUUCAAGUGAACAGAUCAUGCCCAGAGCAUCCAUCAGAUUAAAGCUGUUUUGCACAGGUACUCAAUGAGAGUGAUCUACAUAAUAAAUUGUGGAUCCAGGGAGACGCUGGAUACUGUGACCCCCGCACCUCCACUACCCAAUAAUGUAGUACCACAGUGUGCCAAAUCUCUUCAAAGCAAUCUUCAGGGAUACAGACUUUCUGUUUAUGUUUGAGUUGCACCUCUAUGCUCAUGGACUCGUCCCCACCUCACCCCCUGCAGCCACACGGGGCGUUACCACAGGCAGGGCUCUUCUUCCCGACUGACCACUGGACACCAGAUGUUGGCUGACUGUACACCAGGACACUGGAGGAGGUGGAAUUGGCCCUGGAGGCGGGGUGGGGGGUGGUUGUCAGGGACGAUAAUGGAUCAUCCUUGCCCCUUCUACACUGCCCCUCCCCUCCUCCGCAUUAGUGUCUACUAGUGCCUUGAUGCAGUGACAUUCAGCCAGAGCAGCACAGCGGACUCCAGAGUGUGAGAAGAGCCAGCUGGACUGGAUGAACCUGCAGGACCAUCUCAGCAUUCAGCUGAGAAUAUUGUCACACACACAGUCUGCAGCGCUUUUGAAUCAUGUACCAUGGAGUGGAGGUCUUCAGGUCCAAACACCUGUCCCCAGUCCUGAACCUGCAGCAGUGCACCACAGCAACAAAACAAGAUGUACUUCAUUUCUUGCGAUAACAAGAACUUUUUUUUUUAAACUAGAUCCUUUAAUCUUAUAUUUUUCAAGCUACAGUAACACAACAUGACAUCAUGACAAUAGCACAAACCUUUGUUUUAAAGAGAUACACCAGUUUGGGAAAGUAACAUCACAGCUUUGUGAUAUAAAAAGAUAAGGUGACAUGUUAUAACAGGAAAUGUUUCUUGUUAAAACAAGAGCUUUGUGUGUAGUAAUAACAAAAUGUCAUAUAACAUGGAAAAUAUCUUGUUCCAGCAACAGGAUCCCAUAACAGUAAAGUUUCUCCAUCAGUGAGAAAGUGAGAAAAGUUUUAUUUUUGGACUGGAAUCAACCUACUUUUCUUUUUUUGGUCACAUUUGGUCUGUUUUGUUUGGUGUUACUUGAUGGAAAAAUAAGUUUGUUGCUUUCACCAUGAGUGAAAAUUUUUGUAGAGUGUGUAUUAAUAAUGGUAUCUUCAUAUUUGUAGCAACUGAAGGUAAACUGGGUCCCAUUGUUUCAUAAUGCAGCAGUGUAAUAAGCACAGUCUUUUCAGAUUAUCCUUUCCUCACUGUGAGUCAGUACAGCAACCUUUGGUAAGCAGUGUCAGGUGCACAGCAUUAGAACAAAUCAAGCACUGCCACAGGAAUAGAGCACACAGAGUAGACUACAAGGAAUCUGUAUGCCCUUAGAAUGACUUAAGCAAUUAUUUAAAAAGGUCAAAAAAUUAGCAACUAAAAGAAAUUAAAACCAUACCUACAAAGACAGAAAUAAAAAUUACAUUAAAUUACUACUGAAGAUCACUAUUGGAGCAUCUUUACUCUGUAAAACAUGAGCCUUUUAAAAUCUAAAUUUCAAAUAUCAGUUGUUUCAUCUGUUGCUUUUCCAUAACCCUCUUACCCAUACCAAUUCUACAAUUAUGUGAACUGUUUUUGUGAGGAACUAAUUUAUUUUGACUGAAGUGACAUACAAAGGUUAGUUAGGCUGUAAAGAAGUACUGCAAAAGACAUUUUAUGGAAUACAGUCAAUUUUGAUAUUUCACAGAUUUAAAAAAAAAUGUCAUGUCCAGAAUUAAUCAUACCCUUGCCUAGUAAUCAGCUGUAAUCAGCUGCCUUUGUUGGCAGUCACAGCCUCCAAAUGAUUUGUGAAUUUCAGCCCACUCUUCUUUUGCAAAGACCUCCAGGUCUUUGAGGUUGGAAGGCUUCCUUGCUAUCAUGAGUUUAAAGCUCCCUCCACAGAUUCUUGCUUUGUACUGUGACCACUGGCAAUUGAAAUUGCCUUGUAGCUUUUCCCUCCUUGUGAGCAGUCACAACACACAAAGGUCUUCACUAAGUUCUUUCUUCUUGGCCAUGGCAAAUGUUUCCCUGCUGACCACAAAAUGAACAAUAAAUGCAUCAGUACCCCCAAAUUUAUAGCUUAUAAGCCAUGUUCAAGAAGAUGGAACAGGUUGGAAUCAUUGUAGAACUAACGAGAGUGCCAAGCAACAGUUGUGUUGCCACAAACUCAAAGCUGAUGCAGGUGAGGGGUAUGAAUAAUUAUGGGCUGGCACAAAAAUCAGCAUCCCAAUAAUUCUAAUAUAUAAAUAAUGUGAAUCUGAGAUAUAUAUUAAGGUUUGUGCCUUCCAACUGAAGGUAAUUAAGUAAAGCCUUUAUUUCACCAGUCAAGCUUUCAUUUGUAAACAAAUAGCAAACUGUCUUUUUUUUUCAUAGGGGUAUGAAUAAUUCUGGGCUUAACGAAUUUGAAAUCUUGAAACCUGCUCUAUGUGUUCCUCUUCUAUGGCAGUACUUAGUAACUGUACGCAUCCAACACCGCUCACUGUACUAGUUUCAAACAGGCUGGCUUGUGAUGCUCACCAAGUCUUCAGAGUAUGCAAAAUAGGUGAUAAUAAACCCAUUUUACUGAUAGCUGACAGUAGAGAGAGCUGUGAAAUGACAUGCAACCAAGAACUCCAGCCAGACGUGAUGGUUGGCACCUUAACCCCUGGGCCAUCAAGGCGCCACUUUGCCUUCAGCUGGGAUUGCAGAUGUUGCAGGUUUAAAUGCACCAGGUAAAUAAGCAGGAGCGCACAGGUUCUUCACUCUGACAUUAGUAGGAACAGACAGUAGCUGGAAUGCUGUCAACAGGUUUUGAGAGAAAUAUAUGGCCAUGCUACAAGUCACUUACUUGUUCGACUGUUUAGUUGGUUGACGGGAGCAGACUGGUCUCAGACCUUGCCAGUUUCAACAAAAAACUCCUGUCAACGAGCUUACAUUUAUUCAGACCAGGUAAUGUUGGCCAAGACACAGGACUGAGGGGCAGAUGUGUGCAUCCAGUCGUUUCAGCGGUUAGAUUUGCCUGAAGACCUCUACAGAACAAUAAUGUACAGACUUUAAUCCAGUGACAAUAUGUCAGCCAAUUUCCCUGACAAAGCUCAUCAGCGAUCAGAGAAUGAACUCCAGGAUGAGUGUAGAUCCCAAAGCUCCAAAGAUCCCUUUGAAUUUGUCAUCCUUUACCUCCACAACCUUCCUUUUCCCCAUGACUCACAAUCCAGUGCUUGGAGAUCAUUUUUCUACUAGACAAGCAAAUAAGCUGCUUUAUUAUUUGCCUACUAGCAACUUUAUUAGUGCAUAUUGCUUCCAGUUUCUCUUGCAUAUCCAUCCUACAUAGCACAGAAGUGUGCUAGUGGAGGAACACUAACACUUUCUGAAAAUGUUUGACCCAUCAAAUGCUGCAUGCACCGUACAGCACGUGUCAGUGGUUUCCCACCUCCAUAUGCAUAUGUGUACAGGUUUUCCUUCCAGUCAACCAACAGAGCAGCUGAUUUUCCAGGUCAGCGCCCUUUGAACCAGAGAAAAGGAAUUAAUGAGCUGCUGAAAACCAAAUCCACUUCUCCACUCCCUCACAACCACAUCUACUGACUGUAUCAGACGGUGACCUGGCCUGCCUUCAGCAUGAGCCACUACUGUACAGCACAUGCAACAUUGUUAUGUAACAUGUAGAAAGGUACUAGCAAAUUACAGUAUGAAUGUGCAGACUACCUGAAGUAGUUCAUUUGCAACUCCAUCAUCAAAUAUAGGACAUACAGUAUAUGUUGCAGAUGGAGUGGAUACUACCCUGUUAAUGGUUUUAGUUCUAAGCACCACAAAAUACAAUGAGUAUAAGCUAAGACUGUUUUUGUGAGAUUUGAAUUAAAGGGACGCCCAAUGAUUUAACAUGAUUUUACAGUAACUGGGACAACUAUUCAGUCCACGAAAAUAUGUAAACAACAUGUCUUCUUUGACUAUGGGGGAGCUUUCUAAAGUUUUGGGGGGGGAAACAACACUGACAUCAUUUACAUUAUCUCAGUUUAGACUUGUGUGUUACAAACUGGGGUCAUUGACUUUGACAGAUGUGGUUGUUUAGGGGGUUUUAAAAUCUAUCCUAAGCAGUCACCUGCCCAUGAUGCCACACAGUAUGUACAGUAAAACAGUUUGGAGUCUCUGAAAUAAUUCCUUCACUUUAUGCUUUAACCACUUUGACAAAUGAUUUCAAUGAAAGUGAUGGGAACAAAAUAAGUCCUCAUUUUGUGCAAAAAUAUUUUCCACAAGUUAACA